AUGUCGACGCAACAAAGCUCCAAUAGCCCAGAUGGGCAAACGAGCUCGUCGGUGCCCAUGCAGCGUGAGCACAGCGACUCGUCAGUGACGUCAAGCAGCGGCCAUUUCGCCGCGAAGGCAGAUGCUGGCACUGCUGCUGCGGAUACCGAUAUCGAAGCACAAAAGGAUGAGAUCACAACCGAGCCUUUAGCGCGCCAUGAAACUGGUGCCAGCGCCGCGGGAGGUAGAAGCAUCCUCAGCAGAUUGUCCAAGAGCAAAACAAAGGAGAAGCUACCUCCUCCGACUUUGCCCAUUAUGGAUCUCGACAACGGCGUAGUUGGCUGGGAGAGCCAGCAUGAUCCAGAAAUGCCACUUAACUUCACACCGUUCCGCAAGUGGUUUAUUGUUGCCAUGCUCUCAACCAUUACUUUCAUGACACCCUUUGCAUCGUCUAAUCUUGCCCCGGGCAUCAAAAACAUUGCGGAAACAUUCCACGCUGAGGAUAACCUUACUAAGGCCUCCAUGCCCGUCAGUAUCUUCUUGCUAGGUUAUGCGGUUGGACCCCUAUUCCUUUCUCCUCUAUCCGAAAUCUACGGCCGUAGCAUUGUCCUGCUGAGUUCGUGUGUCUUCUUUUGCGUAUGGCUCAUUGGAUGUGCUCUUGCGCCUUCGCUUGACAGCCUCAUCGUCUUCCGCUUCUUGUCUGGCCUCGGUGGCUCCGCGGUCCUAACGGUGGGCGGCGCUAUCAUUGCAGACAUUUUCCAGGUCAGUGAACGUGGCCGUGCAAUGACCAUUUGGAUGCUUGGACCCAUGGUUGGCCCCUCGUGCGGUCCUGUUAUCGGAGGCUUUGUGGCACAAACCAUCGGUUGGCGAUGGGUCAAUUGGAUCUCGUUCAUUCCGUCGACUCUGACCGUCAUUGCCAUGAUCAUAUUUAGCCGCGAGACCAACGCGCAAGUUUUGAUUGAGCGCAAAACCAAGAAGCUACGCCAAGAGCUGAACAGACCAGAGCUGCGCAGCUGUUACAUUGAUCCUGCCAAGCCAGCGGUGACGAAGCAGCAGAUUUUGCUCAAUGGUCUCAUUCGGCCCAUCAAGAUGUUAUUCCAGUCUGUCAUGCUCUUCGGCCUCAGUAUAUACAUUGCUUUCCUGUACGGCUGCUUGUACCUGCUUUUUAACACAAUCCCCAUCGUUUUUGAAGGACAAUACGGCUGGACAGUAGGAAUUGCUGGCCUUGUGUAUCUGACCCUCCUCGUCGGGUACAUGGUUAGCCUUUGGCUAUUUUACAAGCUCUCAGAUUCCACGGUAGUUAAGCUCACAAAUGCCAAUGGUGGUGUAUAUGAGCCGGAAAUGCGACUGCCGCACUGCAUCUGGUUUGCUGCGGUCAUCCCCGCUAGUUUCUUCUGGUACGGAUGGAGCGCAAACUACACUGUCCACUGGAUCGUUCCAGUUCUUGGCAUUGUCCCAUUUGGGUUCGGCAUUAUCGGCGUCUGGUUGCCGAUUCAAGCAUACCUCAUUGAUUCGUUCCCGCAGUACGCUGCUAGUGCGUUGGCGGCCUUCUCUGUCCUGCGAUGCGCUGUUGCAGCCUUCCUACCGCUUGCUGGUCCAGCAAUGUACGCCAACCUUGGUGUCGGAUGGGGUACGUCACUUUUGGGAUUCAUCGCUCUUGCUAUGGUUCCAAUCCCUAUAAUCGUGCAUAGAAAGGGCAAAUGGCUCCGAGAGCGUUUCCCUAUCAGUCUAUAA